AUGAAGUUGCUGGAAAACUCGAGUUUUGAGGCGCUCAGCUCACGUUUGUGUGCUGAAACAGGAGAGUCUCGCAUCCUUGGAAGGAUCGAGAGCUACUCGUGCAAGAUGGCGGGCGACGACAAGCACAUGUUCAAGCAGUUUUGCCAGGAGGGUCAACCGCACGUGCUGGAGGCGCUUUCCCCUCCACAGUCCGCCAGCGCCGCUAGCCCUGACUGGCUGGCCAAGAGCGCUGAGGAUGGCGAGAGCCCGCUGAACGACAAGUGCUGCAGGAAGACCAUCUUCUACCUCAUCACCACGCUCAACGAGUCCUUCAGGCCUGACUAUGAUUUCAGCGCCGCGCGGGCGCACGAGUUCAGCCGCGAGCCCAGUCUCAACUGGGUGGCCAACGCUGUCAACAGCAGCUUAUUCUCCGCCGUCGGUGAAGGCUUCAACUCGCUUGGACCCGAGCUGUGGAACGCCAUCGACCAGGAGAUCAACCUGCAAGCUUGCGACAUCUACAGCUACAACCCCGAUCUCGACUCUGAUCCUUUCGGAGAAGAAGGCAGCCUGUGGUCCUUCAACUACUUCUUCUACAACAAGAAGCUAAAGAGGAUCGUCUUCCUCACGUGCCGCUACGUCAGCGUCCUAAGCGGCUACGGUGGAGACGGCCUGGAUAACGACGAGCUGGACAUGGAGCUGGACGACGAAGACGACGAGCUGGACGGCUUUUCCGAGGACAGGUGUCCCCGUGCAGUCUGCGUGUGA